AUGUCCUCCCUAUGGCCCCCUCAGCAACGAAACGAGCUCGGUAUCGCCACACUCUCCCUCGGCAACUGGCGAGAGCACACACUCACUCCACGACUCGAAGCGGCAGCAAAAGCCGGCUACCAAUGGAUUGAUCUAUUUGAUGAAUGCUGGGCCGCAUACCUGGUGGAACAUGGUCUCUCAGGCGAACAGCUUUGGGAAGCCACCCCGGAAAAUCUACGCGUUGCGCGCAAGUUGGGCGAUCUGGUAAAAUCUCUCGGAAUGCGAAUCGCCUGCACACAGCCUCUUCGCAUGAUUGAGGGUAUCAAAGACCCGGUUGAGCGUCGUGCAACUUUGGAUCUCGUUGCGAAGCGGUUUCCGUUUAUGCGUGCUUUUGAUACCGAUCUGGUGUUUAUGUGUGCUAGUAUACGCACGGACAAUGGUGUUACUUCAGAUCUUAAGGUUGUCGCUAAGGAUUUGGCAGAGCUGGGUGACAUCGCGGCGGCGUAUGCUAAGGCGGAUGGUGGGAGAAUGUUGAAAAUUGGGUAUGAAGGGUUAUCUUGGGCGACGAGGAAUACUUGGUCUGCGUCGUGGGAGGCUGUGCGGUUUGCUAAUCGGCCUAAUGUCGGGUUGAUUGUUGACGCAUUCAAUAUUCUUGCUGUUGAGUUUGCGGAUCCGUAUAAUCCUGCUGGUCAUGGACGUAUUUACCCUACUUUAGAGGAAUCGCUGGAGGUGUUGACUGGGUCUCUUGCGUCUUUGGCCGCUACCGUUCCUGGAGAUCGGAUCUUUUUCUUCCAGUGCGGUGAUGCUGAGUUGAUGAAUCCGUCGACAUUUUUCCCUCCUGAAGAUCCAAGCAUUCCUGCUCUUCUACCUUGGUCGCGCAGCCAUCGACUCUAUCCACUUGAACAGUCGCGUGGUGGUUACAUGCCCGUUGAGCUUGUGGCUGCCGCCGUGCUCGGGACAGGGUAUAAAGGACCUAUCUCGCUCGAGGUUUUCAAUGCGUCUUUGAACAAAGCUGGGGACGACAUUGCGACGACGCAUGCUGUUCGCGGUAUGGACAGUCUGAAGAAGUUGUACGACACAGCAACAAAGCUUGCGCCAUUCUGGAAAAACCCAGCCCACGCCCAGCAAGCCAUUGCUCAAGUAAUUCAACGCUUAAGGACGACAAACCACCGGUUAUGA